UUUUUUUUUUUUUUUUUUUUUUUUCUCUCUGCUCUCUCUCAAAUCUGUGCAUCCCUUUUGCUCCAACGGCCGGACCUUGAACGGCUCCGAUUAACUUGAAAAAAAGAAAAGCUCGGAGCAUUGGCGAAUGACCUUCUGACCUGACCCCACCUUGUUUAGGCUCGUGCGCUAAGCCCAGCUAGCCUAGCUCCCUCUCAUAGAUUGGUUUUCUCUGUGGCUUUUAGCUUUUAUGUAUGCUCUUGUAAGGUUUAUGCUCGAUCCAACGUCGAUCCCGUCAUGGGAUAAGUAUCCCGACAUUUCCUUUCUUUUAUUUUGUUUUCCUCUUAAUGUUUUUUUUCUUAAACUCUCUUUAGAAUUUUGAUUACCAUCGUUGCACUAGUUUCUUUUUCAUUUCGUUUUAUUUAUUUAGUAAUAAUAAAUAAUAAUAAAUAACUAACCUGCCAUGUCUCUGCAACGGGUUGGUUCCCUCGAGGCGUUCGUCAUUGUUCCUACCGAGGGCCGCAGGUCGCGGCGGGGUUCUGCGUCCUCGGUUGCUGCCUCCGAGAGGGCGAGAAAACUCACCUUCAACCCGCUGCCAGAGUCGUGGAACCCCGUCUUCGAAGACGAAGAUAAUGGCCGUCUUCACCUCGGCCAGUCCCGAGGGGCCUUUGAGGUGCCUCGAUGGGAGCGAAUACUUCAAGUUAUUAUUAUGGUCGUGUUCUGCCUCUUCGCUGCUGGGAUCGUGUUCGGAUACGCUGCGUUGAAACCAGUGCUGAAGAAGGAGGGCGCAUAUCAAGAUAUAUGUAAUGGCGGGGACACCUGCGUGGAAAUUCAUCUAAAUCUCAUGUUCACUGUUGCCGCCGUUGCCACCAACGUUGCUGCCCUUCCCGUGGGUGCUAUUCUAGACCACUAUGGUCCUCGAGUCUGCGGUGUCAUAGGUGCUCUGUUUCUUAGUAUCGGCGCGCUGUGCAUGUCCUUUGCUAAGAGCUUGCCUUUUGAUGCUUUCCUCUUCGGCUACCUAUUCCUCGCCUUAGGCGGUCCAUUUACCUAUAUAUCUUCGUUCCAAUUAUCCAAUGCUUUCCCCCGGCACUCGGGUCUUAUUCUCGCAUUACUUACAGGCGCGUUCGAUGCCUCGAGCGCCCUGUUCCUCGUCUACCGUAUUAUUUAUAGCAAGACCGGCGGUAGUUUCGGACACCACCGAUUUUUCCUUGUGUACCUUAUAGUGCCGGUACUGAUACUAAUCUUCCAGCUGACAAUACUCCCCAAGCAGUCAUACAAGACCGUGGGAGAGAUGAUCGAAGAGAUCGAGACACCUGCCUUUCCCGAUCCGGCUGACGCGUCGGACGUGAUAGAUGCUGAUGAUCAGGUGGACGAGCAGACGGCGCUUAUUCGGGAAGAACAAAGAGAGCACCACGAAAGCGUUGUGCACGACAUCGAGGAGCUACUGGGCUCUAGCAAGGUGGACAAGGACGAGCAAGCUCAACGCGAGGAGGCGAGGAACGAGAAGAGCGGCGUGUGGGGUGUAAUGCAUAACCGCACGGCGUGGGAGCAGAUCUGCUCGCCUUGGUUCGUGCUCAUAUGCCUGUUCACCGUGGUGCAGAUGACGCGAAUCAACUACUUCGUCGCCACCAUCCGGCCGCAAUACGAGGCCAUAUUCGGCUCGCUAGAAAAGGCCGUCGAGAUCAACAACUUCUUCGACCUGGCGCUCCCGCUCGGCGGCAUCGUCUCGAUCCCUUUCAUCGGGAUCAUCCUGGACCGCACGAGCACGGCGGCGGUGCUCGCGACGCUGGUGGCGGUGGCGACGACGAUCGGGGUCCUGGGGGUGCUGCCGUACGCGUGGGCGGCGUACGCCAACGUGGCGCUGUUCGUCCUGUACCGGCCCUUCUACUACACGGCGGUCAGCGACUACAGCGCCAAGGUGUUCGGCUUCCGGACCUUCGGCAAGGUCUACGGCACCAUCAUCUGCCUCUCCGGCCUGCUCAACUUCAGCCAGAGCGCCCUCGACUACCUCUUCCACCGCACCUUCCGCGGCGACCCCGUCCCCGUCAACCUCCUCCUGCUCGCCCUCGGCCUCGUCAUCGGCGUUGGCCUCGUCGCCUACGUCGGCCUGCAGUCCCGGCGGCUCGGGCGGAAGAGGGAGGUGUCGCCGAGCGGGUUCGCGAAUGGGAGGGGGGAAUACUGAGAUAUUAUAUUAUUAUUAUAUUAUCAUUUACGUCUUUUUUUAUGGUCUUUACGCCUUUAUAACGACGACGACUUUGCUGGGUAUAUGAAAAAAUGUGUUUUUUUUUUUUUU